UUAUGUCACUUCCUGCCGUCAGACAGCCAGUUCAGGCCAGUUCACUACUGCUGUAGUACUCAGUCUGUCCCACUGAGCUGUCAACACAGCAGAUCUGCGCUCCGUUUGUCUGCCGCCGCUGUCGCUGCGACAACAUUUUUCAACCACACUCAGUCCAUUUUCCGCUUCAACGACGUUUUCCUUCAGAUAACAGCGACUCACGUCUCACUAUGAUUCGAAGGUGAUCUUAAGAGAGACCAGGUGGUUCUGGGGUUCCAGGUUGGUGUGGUGAGAGAGCAAGCUAACUACGGGGUGAAGGACCACCUGGGGCAUCGUGUCCCUGCUUCUUAAGUGAUUUAGGAAGGGGCUUGGCACAUUGUUCUGCAGCAUGGAGAAGGAAGACUUGAAGAUUCUCAACAAGGGGGAAGAGGAGGAGAUGGAGCUGCAGGGCUACCGUCUAUGUCAUUGGCGGUUGGUCCUGGUGGGCCUUGGGGUGCUGUGUACAGGGGGCUUCCUCCUUCUGCUGCUUUACUGGAUGCCAGAGUGGUGCGUCAAAUCCACCUGCACCCGCACCACAGCCCGUGAUGCUGAAGUGGUGUUGCUGCGCUCUGUGGAUGAGUUCAAGCGCUGGUUUCUGGCCCGGGUGCGAGUGAUGCUGGCCCCAGGGAGCAACCCCUUCCACAGCCUGGAGACCCAGACCACCUCCCCCUGCUCCCCUUCUUCUUCUUCUUGCCCCUUCUCCUCUCCUGCCUCCCCACCUAUAGCCAACGGACAUGCCACUCACCCCUCCGAAGGCAGCCCCACUCAGGAGCUCAUUAGAAGAUAUGCUGACUACCAGCCCACACAGAUUCGCUAUUUUACCUUCCAUAGCUCAAAGUAUUAUUGGAAUGACGAGGUGCAGAACUUUAAAGUUUUAAACGGCCUGGAGGAUCUGCAGAUCAGCUGCUCCACCCUCCACUCGGAGCACAGCACAGGCCUGACCAGGAACCAGCAGGAGUACAGGAGACUGUUCUUCGGAUUUAAUGAAAUUGCAGUGAAAGUGCCUUCUGUUUUCAAGCUGCUUAUCAAAGAGGUCCUCAACCCUUUUUACAUCUUCCAGCUCUUCAGUGUGAUCCUGUGGAGUGCCGAUGAGUAUUACUACUAUGCUGCGGCCAUUGUUUUCAUGUCAGUCAUAUCCACAGCUACCUCUCUGUACACCAUCAAAAAGCAAUACGUCAUGCUUCAUGACAUGGUGGCAGCUCACAGUAUUGUCCGUGUGUCUGUAUGCCGAGCCAACAAUGAGAUCGAUGAGAUUUUGUCCACUGACCUGGUGCCUGGUGAUGUGAUGGUCAUCCCCAGCAAUGGGACCAUCAUGCCAUGUGAUGCUGUGUUAAUCAGCGGCACAUGCAUUGUCAAUGAAAGCAUGCUCACAGGUGAGAGUGUCCCUGUGACAAAGACCAAUCUCCCAAACCCAGUGCCAGAAGACAUGAGGGGGGAGACUGACAGCAUCUACAACACUGAGGAGCAUAAGAGACACACACUUUUCUGUGGCACGAAUGUCAUCCAGACCCGCUUCUACACUGGUGAACUGGUUAAGGCUGUGGUGGUUCGUACAGGUUUCAGCACAGCAAAAGGCCAGUUGGUGCGCUCCAUUCUGUAUCCAAAACCCACUGACUUCAAGCUGUACCGUGAUGCCUACCUCUUCCUGUUGUGUCUGGUGGCUGUGGCUGGAAUUGGCUUUGUUUACUCCAUUGUUCUCAGUGUUAUGAACGAGGUGUCAGCUAAGACCAUCAUCAUUGAAUCCCUAGACAUCAUUACAAUCACUGUGCCACCAGCGCUGCCCGCCGCCAUGACGGCUGGCAUUGUGUAUGCACAGCGACGCCUCAAACACAUUGGCAUUUUCUGCAUCAGCCCACAGAGGAUCAACAUCUGUGGGCAAAUCAACCUGGUCUGCUUUGACAAGACUGGAACCCUUACAGAAGAUGGAUUGGACUUGUGGGGUGUCCAGAGAGUUGAGAAUGGCUGUUUCCACCUGUCAGAGGAGAAUGCCUACAAGGAGAAUCUUGUCAAGUCCCAGUUUGUGGCUUGCAUGGCCACCUGCCACUCCCUUACUAAAAUAGAGGGCCAGCUGUCUGGAGACCCACUGGACCUGAAAAUGUUUGAGGCUACAGGCUGGAUCCUGGAAGAGGCGACUGAAGAGGAAACUUCUCUCCACAACAGAAUCAUGCCCACUGUGGUUCGGCCCCCAAAACAGCUGUUGCCCCAAGAGUCCGUUGCAUCACAAGAACAGGACAUGGAACUCUAUGAGCUCUCGUCGGUGUACGAGAUUGGUAUCGUGCGGCAAUUUCCUUUUUCUUCAGCUCUCCAGAGAAUGACUGUGGUGGCACGUCUGCUGGGUGAAAAACGUAUGGAUGCUUACACAAAGGGGGCGCCAGAGGUGGUUGCUGGUCUCUGCAAGAAAGACACAGUGCCAGAAAAUUUUGCUGAGGUCUUGGAGGGCUACACCAAGCAGGGUUUUAGGGUCAUUGCUCUGGCUCACCGGCGACUGGAAUCCAAACUCACCUGGCAUAAAGUCCAAAACAUUAACAGGGAUCACAUCGAGGCCAACAUGGAGUUCCUGGGUCUGAUCAUCAUGCAGAAUAAACUGAAGGUAGAAACUCCAGCAGUGCUGCGUGACCUCCGCCAAGCCAACAUCCGCACUGUCAUGGUUACUGGUGACAACAUGCUGACAGCGAUUUCGGUGGCUCGAGACUGUGGGAUGAUCCCUGCCCAGGAUACAGUCAUCAUUGCUGAUGCUCUCCCUCCUCAUGACGGACAAGCUGCCAAGAUCACAUGGAGAUACGCUGACAAGCCGAGCCAGACAUCUCUUCUCGAGGAAGUGAACAUCAGUCUGGAGGGUGUGUCUCAUGUUGAUGAACCCAAAGCACAAGAGCUCUACCACUUUGCCAUGAAUGGAAAAUCAUUUGGUGUAAUUGCUGAGCAUUUUCCUGACAUGCUUCAAAAGUUGGUGCUGCAUGGGACGGUGUUUGCCAGAAUGGCCCCAGACCAGAAAACUGAGCUUAUUGAGGCGCUGCAGGGCGUAGACUACUUUGUGGGCAUGUGUGGGGAUGGAGCUAAUGACUGUGGGGCUUUGAAGAGGGCUCAUGGUGGUAUCUCACUGUCAGAGCUCGAGGCGUCUGUAGCCUCUCCCUUCACCUCCAGGACUCCAAACAUCUCCUGUGUCCCCAGCCUCAUCAGGGAGGGUCGUGCUGCUCUCAUCACCUCAUUCUGCGUGUUCAAGUUCAUGGCCCUCUACAGCAUCAUCCAGUAUAUCAGUGUCACUCUCCUCUAUUCUAUCUUCAGUAACCUUGGAGACUUCCAAUUUCUUUUCAUUGAUAUUUUUAUCAUCCUCCUUAUUGUCUUUACCAUGAGUCUGAACCCAGCGUGGAAAGAGCUUGUGUCACGUCGGCCUCCAUCAGGUCUCAUCUCAGGGUCACUGUUGUUCUCUGUGCUGACCCAGGUCCUCAUAUGCUUGGCUUUCCAGACCAUAACAUUCCUUUGGGUCCAACAACAGCCUUGGUACACAAAAUGGACACCUUUUACAGAUGCCUGCAACCUGUCGUCACAUAUGAACACGUCCGACCACAAUAGCACAGAGCCGGACGAUCACAACAUCCAAAAUUUUGAGAACACCAGCCUCUUCUAUGUCUCUGCUUUCCAGUAUCUCAUUGUUGCCAUCGUUUUCUCAAAGGGCAAACCUUUCAGGCAGCCCAGCUACAAAAACUGGCCUUUUGUGCUGUCUGCCUUGAGUUUGUAUAUUUUCCUGCUGUUUAUCAUGUUCCACCCUGUCGAAAACAUUGACAGCUUUCUCGAGAUUGUUUGUGUCCCGUUCGAAUGGAGGGUAAAGCUUUUCCUCAUCAUCGUAGUUAAUGCUGCGGUGUCUGUGGUGGUGGAGACCUUCAUCCUUGACAUCAUCUUAUGGAAACUUCUGUUCAGCCGAGAAAAACAGGGCAGCUUUGGCAUCACUCCUGUCCCUCCGGCACCACAGAGGGGUAUUGACCUGCGGGCGCACAAGUGUCUUUCUUGGAUGUGCUGUCCACGCAAGAUGCCCAAGGCCCGCUACAUGCAUCUGGCCCAGGAGCUCAGUGUGGACCCCGACUGGCCUCCAAAACCAACUACCACCACUGAAGCCAGACCCCACCCACAAAACGGCUCCACCUAUCAAAUAAUGAUCAGCUCCUAGCACCCCCCCACACAUACACGUGCAGCACCUCCCCUUUUCCAAUCUACCCUGUCAUACUGUAGACAUGUUUAGAAGACAUGCUUAGUGAACGCACAUUAAGAAUCGUGUCAUCACUGUUCAGAGACAUGCCUCUAUACUGUAGUUCCAGAGACAUUACUGUGUCAGAGAUCACUUUUUCAGAGUUUGGAUGCUAUUCUUCGUUCUGGCUCGCCCACUUGUGUGCCCUCAGGUCUAUUGCUUUAAAUGCCAUUGGAAUAUCUGUAGCAUCAAAUUAAAUUUUUAUCCAUUA